AUGGCAAUUCUCGCAUGGGAAAAUGACGCCCAAAUAUGCACCGUUUUGGUAUCGAUCGUGGCGCUCCUAUCGAUUUUUACGUUCUUUCUGACGAGAUGGGUCUAUAGGAUUGCGAAGGAGCGAUACUUUAUCGACUUCGAACAAGAGGCAAUACUCAAUCACGACGGACACGACGGAAAUUGCCGCGCCGUCGGCCCGAAUCGAUACGAAUCACUCACUCCCUUUCUCUUGUACAAAGCCACUGCACUUCAGAAUCCGCUGAUCAUGGAUCCGAAACCGAAAGAGGGACACGAUGAGCCCCAGUUGUCGCCCUUUGAAGCUUCGAAAAAGACAAUGUUGCAUGAAUUGGGUCUCCUCGAGAGCUGCUAUAAGAUCGAGAAAACGAACAACCCAGGGCGCGCGGACAGGGUCUUUGUCGAGGAGCUGAAGGAAAAGUGCGUGCACAGGUGCAGGGAAAAUUGGCAUGCGAAUGGAUUGAGUGAGGCAGAACGGGAGAUGCUGGAACGCACGCUCGAAAAGGAAAUUGCGGCGCUGGAGCAACGAGUUGCUGGGGGCGACCAGGACGCUGACGAUGACGACUACCGGGCUCUUCGGGAAGCGCAAGAAGGCUUUAAAGCCAAGAUGCUUGAUGGCCUAUUCGGGUGGUCUCUCGGUCGUGAAGCUGAUGUAUUGUCAUUUUUGAUCGAGAAAGCGAAACACCCCGAGCGCGUCGACCGGGCCUUUGUCGAGCAGUUGAAGGAGAAGUGCGUGCAUCGAUGCAAGGAAGAUUGGCAUGAGAAUGGAUUGAGCGCGGAAUGUCGAGAUGUGCUGGAGCAACAGCUUAACGAGAAACUGGCGGAGCUGGAAAAACGCUUUGCUGAGACGGAUCGGGCAGCUGCAGAGAGCAACGCGCCCCGAACUCUUCAGCCGGAUCAGGCAUUUCACCCGCCAGGCACCUUCACCGAGCAUUGGGCAGGAUUGUCCGUCUUCAACGACGAGGAGGAUCACGGGCGAUUAUCCUGGCGUCGACGACGUAGCUCCGACGCAGACAUCUAU